AUGUCUUCGAGUCAGCCUCAGACAAAUGGCGUGACAGCUCCGUCCGCCAACACAUCCCAAACAAUUCCCAAUACUCAGACCACAACCACAAGCCAACCCCCGGCUGCUUCUUCUCAACCCCCACAGCCUUCGACACACCAGCCGCCCUCUGCCGCACCCAAACCGCGCGACUCACGCCUCGUUGAGCUCCUGCUCACUUCACAGGGAGUCACCUCUUAUGAGCAGCGAGUGCCUCUCCUACUCCUGGACUUUGCCUACCGACAUACCUCCUCCGUCCUCAGCGACGCACUGCACCUCUCCGGCGAUCCGUACGUUACACAGGCUGGAUCUAAGCCCUCAGCUUCCGGCGCAGGUGCCACUGCCGCUCCCUCAGGCGAUGCCAGCGUCAGCGCGAAUGCCGUCAAGGUUGCCAUCGCCGCCCGCCUAGGCUAUCAAUUCCGCGGGGGAAGCAGUGGAGGCGGCAUCAGCAAAGAGUACAUGCAGGAGCUAGCGCGAGACCGAAACAAGAUUGCGUUGCCAAAGAUUGUGCCAAACGAAUGGGGUGUUCGGCUGCCGAGCGAAAGAUUUGUUCUUAGUGGGACAAGUUGGGGACUCAAGGACAUGUGGGAUGAAGAUGAUGUGGACGAGGAUGGCGAGAGUUCAGCUUCUCAGCAAGGUGAUGCCAUGGAGGGCAUUGAAGGACCGGAUCCUGAAGAUAUCGGUGGCGACGGUGUUGAGGGAGGGACGGUGGACGAUGUCUUUGGCGACGAUGUGGAUGCAGAGAUGGCUGAGGAGAGCUAG